GCCGGUGUAGCCGGUAGUGCAUAUUAGACAGAGCGCGCGCUCGAAUACGAACAUUCGCCGGUGAGCGCUCAACGAGAGUGGAGCGAUUAUUGCUUCACUGAGACGAUCCGUACUCGUGAAGCCUUUUAAACUUACGGCAAAGUUUCGCGAGACUAUCUUUCCCAUAUUCCCAAGUUUGAGAUAACAAUAAACUGAGUGUAUUUCGCGAUAUCGAUAAUCUCAAGGUGUGGUAUUGUCAGACAAAAGCAACCGUUAUAAUAUUUUAAAGAAAUGGAAGGAUUUCUGUGAUAUGCGAGUCUAUUGGUGCAUUUUUCUGCUGUGUACAAUUGUUCCGAUUCGGAAAAUCGGGAGAAUUUGAAGAGUGAUACAUAAAUGUAUUAGCUCCAAGAGGUGAAAACUGUUAUGUGAUUAACUCGCAAUAAGGAAAUUGUCGAGCUGCCGGAAGCUCGUUGUCGAGAGAUCGCUUUGAAGCGUUACCGGCGUGUCCGUCUUGGCUCCCUCCAUUGCUGUCUCGCGUGUCAACGUGCCAGUGCAUCUGCUGCUCUCCUCCGUCAGCACCACCUAUACCACCAUCGCCGCACUAACAUCACUUUACCAUCAGCAUCGGUAACGCCACCACUACGAUGAUCAUUCUCCUGUCUGCAGUCUUGAAGGCAGCCUGUGGGAUGCAGAGAAAGUGAAGCAGCUUAGUGAAGUACAGUUCAGUGAAGAGAGCGAACUCAAAGAGUUAGUCUGGACUGGCGCCUCUCGCGACUUCGACAGCAGGAUACGUGCUAAAUAUACUUCAGGCAACCAGUUUCCGUUGCUCCUGGAAAAGUUGCCAAACGUCCUGGAUUUUCGAUAUUAAUUAGGAUCAAUUGCUAAAGUACAAAGAAAGGAUUAAAAUAGGAGUUAAUCGUGUGUUGAUAUAUGGGACUCUAAACGGACCCGCGAUCAUCUGGACGCUUCGCACGUUUAGAAUUCCUCCUUCGUGUCACGAGCCAACUUACGCAAUAGUGUCUUUACGUUUAUUGAGUCGUCGAAGCGUGUUGUCCAUUUUUUAUACGGUCAUAAGAUAUAGCUCCUAUCUCAGUUACAGUGAAUACGCUCUACAUUGAAUAUGGAAUAAUGGGACUCUGCUUGACUUUUACCAUCUUCAUUUUAAAACGUAUUGUUAAAUCACCUUUAUAUACUCUCUCGUGUAACUGGGAUUGCUUAUAAGCAUUGGAAUUGCAAAUAAAUAUCAAUGAGUGUUCGAAGACGUAACCGCGAAUCGUGUAGUAAAAUACUAAUCGUGUACGUAUCCUCUUGCGCGUUGCCAUUCUUGCGAACCUUCCGCAAGUUCGAGAGUGUUGUGUUUAUUUCCUAUGGGGAUAUAAUAGAAAAAGUAACAGAAAGACGUGAAUACUAGAAGCGCCUGUGAUUAAAGGAACGUUACGGAGAGAAGAAUACGCCGGGAAUAAGGAACUUAUAAUUUAGUUGGGGAGUCGCUUGAAAUAAUUAUAAAGCGGUUGGCAAUCGUGACUUCUUUGUCGGGAAGAAAGAGGGUCGGUAAUGUCCCCAGUGAGACACCCACAGACACGAUCAUCCUCGUCGGCAUUUUCAAGCAAGGGACACGAAAAAUCGUAAGUGUAUUCGCAAGUGCGCGUUAAAUAGCCUGCGGUCGGAUUUCCAGUUGACAGAAACUUUUCUGAUCUCUGAACAUAACUGGGUCGGCGGCAUUUCUCCCUCUCUCUCUUCUUCUCUCUUACUCUAUCAAUAAAUCAGUAUAGAACAGAACCAUUUUCUAUCGUUGCUCAAGUGAUUCACGCGAAUGUGAUAGACGGAACGAUUUACCCGGGAGGGUUAAACGUAUAAAAUAAGCGUCAAACCAUAAAACUGAUGCGUGAAUCGACAAAGGACUCGAAGAUAUAAUGUGCGCGGAAGAAUCCAACGACACUUAACAGUCGCAUCGCCGGCCGAUGACAAACGUCAACAGGAUCAGGGUGGUCGUCCUCGGCGGCCCCAGAGUCGGCAAGUCUGCCGUAGUCGUGCGAUACCUCACGCGACGUUAUAUAGGCGAAUACAGCUCUACCAGUGAUUUUCUUUACCGACACAGCGUCACCAUCGAUAAUGUCACAACCGAGGUAGAGAUACUGGAUACUUCCAGGUGCGAGGAAAACGGCUGUCUGUACUCUCACAUAAGAUGGGGCGAGGCCUUCGUCGUGGUGUACAGCGUGACGUGCAAGCGCAGCUUCCAGGAGGCGAGGGGUCUCCUAAAGCAGCUUGCAGACUUGCGUCUCCCGUCCUACUUCACAGCCCUGCUGCUCGGGAACAAGAGAGAUCUCGAUCACGCUCGAGAGGUCUGCGUGGACGAGGGUCAACAGUUAUCCUUGGCUCACGGCUGCCAAUUCUACGAGGUGAGUGCGGCGGAGAGUCCUGCUGGAGCGGCUCUGGCCUUCCAGGCUCUCCUACGGGAAGCCAGGUCGGUCCAACUGCUACGUGCGCUGCCCAUAAGACGAAAACUCGGGGUCCACUCGGUGUCACGAGUACUGGGCACGAUCUUCGGGAAGAACACUACCAAGGACAGAAAGAAGAGGCCAUCCCUGAGUAUAUGACGUCUCCUGUGCGCGCUCCUACUCGGAGGACGUGAUGACCCCGGGAACAGGACGAAAGUCAUCGUGCUGCGUAGCAGCGUGCACGCGAAUCGUUGAUAAUUAUUUAUAAAAUCCAAUACUCCUUGGAUGACCCUGAAGGAAUUCAGUUGUAGGUGAUCCAUCACCCGAUCGGAGGUGUGGAUGUUGCCUUGAGAGGAGUUCUCAUCCGUGAAGAGAGUGCCACGUGUUCGAGUGACGCGGAUUCGAUGACAGAAAGCUACAGAGUGAGGAAGUGAGAGGAAAAGUAGAAGAGAUAAGAGAGAAGCGCACGAGAGAGAUUUAAAGGCUUCUGAGUAGUCAGCUGCGACGUUUUUAGCGCAACGCUCAAAGUGCACUUGGCCGUCGACAUUCCACGUUUCCACAACCGGUAAACGAUUUGGCGCCGGUAGUGCGUGCGUACGCAAUGUAUAUAUGCACACCGGUGCAUCUCGUAUGAUAUGCUCCUAUUGCAAUUCUUGGGAUCUUAAUCGGAGACAGAGAGAAAAAGCGCUGGGAGCGUGUAUUCGGUCGGAUGGUACUAAUCCGCUCGAGUCAGCUAUUCCGAGCGUCUUAUUUCUUGUGAAGAAUCGUAAAUACCUUGUACCGUGACUAUAGCAACGGGAAGGCCAAGAAUUAUUCCAUUUUGGUACAUAACCGAAAUAGGUACGGUCUUAUGCAUGUAUAACUGUGAUUAUAGGGUUGCAAGCUCAGCCUCUCAGAUGUGGCUCAGAGGGCUAAGAACACGUUGGACAUACUGUAUCCACUUCUGAACGCUUAGCAAAUUGUACACUUCCGUUCCUACUCUUUUCUCUUUUAUUUCAUGCCUUUCGAAUCGCUCCUUCUCUCUUUCUCCUUUGCUCGUCUUUUGCGCUCUACGAUCCUCCGCCGUGGAGGCUACCGAGUGCUGCUCUCCUAAGUGCCUUAUCGAAGCGACUGAUGAUAACGUAUAAUUGCCUACUACGAUAUAAUAAAUAAACGCCUUACGAGUGGCUCCGUAUUCUGCGCGGGGAUAAAGGAUUCCUCUUGGUUUCUAUGCAGGAUCAAAUAUACUGAGAGAUCAGCGUAGAUACGAAGAUACACAGAGAUUUUGAGAUGCCCGGUGAGAGGAGUACGAAGAAAAAAAUAUAUAGGAAGAGCGAUUGGCAGCAUUGGCAGCAGGAAGAGCAUUUUGUCCCCGUGCAGAAAUUUCGUAAAUUUUUUAAUGUUCCUACCAGAAAACAUUAGCGUCGAUGUAAAAAUUAUAUAAUAUAUACUAUAUAUAUACUUAGUAUACGAAGAAUUGUGUAGAUAUAAGGACUAGUUAAAAUGCAUCGAAGGAGAUUGGUAAUAAAGAGAAAAAAAAAGAUGGCGGACCAAUCGAGGAGUAUUGCGAGUCCCUUUCGAGACCGAAAAAAUUCUCCUCUUAAUUGUUUGUACGUAAAGAUAAUUGAUUUGCACGAUUAUCUUCCUUUCUCGAAAAAAAUGCUCAUCGAUUCUCAAUCGACGCGUGCCAAGUAUUCGCAACUCUCGACGUUGUAUCUUGUAAAUGUUUUUCUUUUAUACGUGUAGAUAUUUACAAUCGAAGUACUGUCAAGUAUUAGCCAUGUGCGUACCGAUACAGCUAUACGUCAGCGAGCGUACGUAUAGUUGGACCGCAUCAUCAGUUUCGUUUUGAGGGGCCAACUUCUUACGAAUCUAAACGUAAGUUAGUCCCCUUCAAAGUUGAUCCGAUGUCGCGGCUCGAGUACAGAAGUGCAGACGUAGAACGAAUGUACAUUGAGAAGUUACGGCGAGCAGUACGGAUAGCACGGACAAAAUAUAUGUAUGUACAUUUUCAUACGUGGUUAUUCAGGUAUAGCUGUAUUUCUACGCAAAGGGCGAAUAGGCACUCAUGCAGUCCACAAUAUCCAGAGAAUGUCCAUUUAACGUCCUCUGUUCGAAAUAUCUGCAGAAUCUACGUUAGGACAUCCACGUGGGUAUGUCUGCCCUGCAUGAGGGUACCAUAGCUGUAUAUUAUUUGUGCCUUCCAGAACUACUACUAGGUAUUAUUACUCGUAGAGAUUUUGUCUGUGAGCAAUGAUAAGAAGCUUUGAUUUAAAAGCUUAAUGUAUGUAUGUACUAUUCGAUAGUCUUAUACAUUCCAAAUGUAUGAAAAUUGACCUUAUCCACAAGAUACCGCCCAUGCUUAGGGAACGACGGUCUAAUUGUAUUCUAAGUGCUAGUCACUUGUUAUCGUAAAUUGAGAAUAAAAUUCUUUUGUUAAAA